CUCGCUCGCUCGGUUAAGUUUCUCGCUGUACUCUCUGUAGUUGUAGUAUGUGUGCGCCGCUGCUGCUGCUUGUGACGCAUUUUUGUUUUGCAGCAAUUCAGACAACGCCGAAACAAAGUGAUCACGACGCAUAUUGCAAAUAACAAAAGCAACUAGACGUGUUGACAAUGAUGAAAAUUUUUCAAACGGCAAGGAAAGAUCAAAUAACAAAAAGCAAGAGCAGAUAAAAUAAAUAAACAACAGAAAUAGAAGCGGGCAGAAGCAAAACCGAGACGACAGGAGCGGAGGAACUGCAGCAGCAUCAAACAAGGGAACGGCUUCACAUUGGACAUGUCAUGUCAGCAAGUGUCAAGAUUCAUCACAACAACAGCAACAACGGCAACAACAGCAAGUCCAGGAACUAGAAAAAUUACGACAACAACACUAGGGCAAAACGCCGGCGCCUCUUCCGCAACUGCGGCCUCCAUCAAGACGACAACGCUAACGCCAGAGGAUCCAUAUGCAUUCACCGAGACUGUUUCAGCCACACCGCCAAUUUUAUUUAAUGCACAGAAAUCGCGAGCCCGCUUAAACGAACUGCAGCAUAUAAAAACCUACUACAGCAGCAAUAAUAACAACAACACCUCCACCAACAAUAACAAUAAGCCAACAUUAGCAACAACAACGUCGGCCUCAUCGAUAGCUACAACAGUGAACACAAAGCAAACCAUUGUUGCAAAUCAAAAAGUUGCAACGGCGCCUCUUGCACAGUUGAAUGGCACAGCAACUACCACAACAACAAGAAACGUCGCGACAACAGCGGCGGCAGCAGCAGCAGUUGUAUCAGCAAAGGCGCAGGCGUCUUUAGCUACAGUUGGGCCCAACAACGCAAUAACAACGAAUUUUAGUAAUGUCACGCAAUCUCAGAAGCAGCAAUCAUUGCAAUCGCAAACACCAACGCAAUCGCAGCUUCAAUCGCAGUCGCAGACGAAGCCGUCGCCACAAGCGUCACCGAAACGUGGAACAAAUGUUUGUGUUGUCCGACCACAGCAGCAACAGCAGCAGCAACAACAACAGGUACAAUUAAAGCUGGAGAAGUUGGCCCCGAUCCUGCCGCCACCACCACCGCUUUAUACACACACACCCUCGCUGUGGCAGACGCCGCUAAUUUUGGACACUGGUAUCGGCGGUGCCGUUGCGAAGCAAACGACGUUGCUUUCGCCCGCUACUAAUUCUAACACAAACGCACCGCAGCUUGCACUCGUCGUUAGCCCACCCACAUCGCCCGCCUCGUUACCCACGUCACCCACGGGCACCGCCACAGUACCACCGACUGCAGCUGUUACCGCCAUGGUGGCACCAAUUGUGGUUCCUGCCUCACCACCAAAGGUUGCUGUUGCCGUUGGACAGCCGUUGCCGCCUUCCAAGUUUCACCAUACCACGCUAGCGCAACAUUUGCAGAAGGUUGAGUGUCUUAAAAAGAAAAAGUCCUCGCCGUUAAUAUGCACCACUAACAACAAUAAUAAUGCUUUUGAAUCGCUCAACAAGCUGCCGCUGGCCUACAAUCUGACGCAACCGCCUCCACUGACAGUGUUUACCUCGCCGGCGGCUGCGGAAUCGCUCACAGCUGUGGCCACUGCGACGUUGCAACGCACAAAAGUUACAUUAACAGCAACACAUAAACAUUCCGCCAAUGUGGCUGCAACAGCAGUUGCAGAUGAUUCGGAUCUAAAUGAGAUACCUGUCAAUGUCAUCUUUCGUAAGCCGUCCGUGUUGGUAGGCAACGAAAGUUGCACAGAGCAAGCUGGCUCCAAACUUGUUAACGCUCCAAAAUCCAAGAAUGGUAAGAUGAGGAUGCCCCAGACAGGAAAGCUGGGCGCUGUGGCACAUCUGACGCCAGGGGUACCACUUACACCCCCGUCACAGGCCUUGCUGUCGAAUCUGUUACCACAGUUACCGCCGGUGUCCACACCAUCUCAAUCAGCAGCACCAACACUUGCAAGUACAGCUGCAACCUCAAACACACCCGCCCUCGUCGCCAAAGCUGUGCAUGCGCAAACUCAUGCAUCCCCGUCGUUGAAAUUGGCGUUGCCACCACCACCAACCAACAUGUCCAACCAACAUGUAGAACACAUGUCUUCCAAAGUUGCCAAUGCUGCCGCGGUUGUCGCCGCGCCCAUACGUAAAACAAACGGUGAUUCUGGCGCCGGCAGGAGAGCCAGCAAAACAGUUGGAGCUGCAGCCAAAAAAUACGCUGCCCAAAACGUGCCUGCACUUGCGAAGAUGUUGCCAACACUACCAACGCAGACGCAGUUGCAAUUCCAACUGGAACAGAUCAUGCCCAAUGCAACCGAUCUUGUAGCCCCUGCGGUAACGUCAAGGCCACAACGCACUAAGCAAACGAACAAGAUGCUCAUAACGCUCGCUACGGAACUUGAGCCUGAGUUCAAUGACCUGCCUUAUUGCAUACAAACAAAGUGGCUGCAUGCCAGUAAAGAUCUGGGUGCCGAGUCAUUGGUGUCUCUGAGUAAUCGGCGGGAGGAGCGAAUCGCAGUGCGCAAGAGCAUGUUGCGUCGUCAGGCUCUGCAGCUUCUGUCCACGCGCACACUGCAGGAAUCACCCGUAAGGGCUGCACGGAAGCGGUUGCAGUGUGUACAGAGCCUGAUCCUCAAGUACAAGGAUCAUGCCGCAGAGCUUAACACCACCGUCAAUCGAUGCUUGGUGCCGUCCUGCCCUGAGAUUAGUCUGACGAUGGCUGCUCACUGUGAAAGGCACAUCGUCAACAAUGCCACGCAGCAAAUUUUUGUGCCCUGUAUGGCUAAAGGUGUGAAUGGCUUAACCUGUCAGGCUCCCGUUUUUGACGUGCUUCAUGCGCUGGCGCUUUGCCCCAACCAUCGUCAUCAGCGAGGCGUAUUGGAGCAACAGCAAUCACAGCCACUAUUGAUGCAGUUGCCUCAACCGCAUGCUUCGCACACCCAGGGUCAUGCGUCUGUUGGAAUUCGGCCGUCGUUCAAGGGUCAGACUGCCACGCAAUCGCUGAUCACGGCUGGGAAUCGCUGUUCUGCUAGUACCCGUAAGCGCAAAACCAAUGGUACUGGAAACCCGGUCGGUAGGCCGCAAAAGCGGGUCAAGAAGCAGCAGCAAGUGCAUGAGCCUGUAGAAGUACUGCCCACAGUGCUUCCACCCAUUUCGGCGGUGUUGCAACGGAAGAGCAGCACCACUUCGCUAGAGUCAAUUGCCAGCAACUCACACUCUUCGGGUGCAGCACAGUUGCCAUUCACAUCAAUGCCCAUAAUUCCACAGCGUAAUAACCACAACAUUCUUCAAAAUAAUGGUACGCAACCACAGUUAUCCAUACCACCGGCGCUGGCACCUCUUAGCGAUCAGAAUGGCUACAGUAAUGUGUCCAAGUUUGAGGCGGAUCAACUGGACGCCAAUAACUUAUUAGGAGGCAACGUGAAUUUACUUGCGAAUACCAAUUUCAAGGUGGAUGAGAUCAGCCAAAUUGUGGCGCAGUUGACAGCUGCCAGCGGAGAGGUGAAUCACAACAAUAACAAUUCACACUUCAACAACAACAUAAGUUACAGCAGUAGUAACAACAACAGUGGCAACAGGAGCAGCUUUCCAUCAUUUAAUACGGCAUUUGGUGGUGCCGUUAAUGUCUCACACAAUAUUAGUGCUAUGAAUACGGCAGUAGGAGGAACCGGACCCAUGCAUCAUAUGGCCAACACGGAGAGCAUGUUGACGCAGGAUAUGUUUGGAAUCUGUGAGAAUAGCUCAGUAUAUGCUAGCUCCGAGGACACUGGCCUCGGCGGGCUAAGUGAGUCGGAGCUUAUAGGCGCAAACGAUGCGGAUGAUAUGGCAUUGAAUAGCGCCCAUUUACUGGAAGAGCACGAUCUGGUGAAUGUGUUCGACACGCUGCCGGACGAUGCGUUUAACGAGCUCUUCCAAUCUGUGCAAGAAGCCGAUUGCGAAGCCGUGGAUCGAGCGCUUGAGAUUGCUGAUAAGAAUCUUAAGUGCCUACAGCAGACGAUUGGUGGCUCAGACAGCGCGUUUCUCAACGAUCUCCUCGACGUGGGCGAUGAUUUAUUAGUGAACGCUGUGUCCUCGGUGAUGAACUCGCCCAACACGUCAGGCAUUGAUGCGUCUACGCUAUUCGUUGACAGCAGUGGUGGCGGCCACAGCAGCAACAGUAACAGUGCCAGCGGCGCUGGUGGCUCAAUCAGCUGCACACCAGCUACGACCACUGUGGCAGACAUACGCGGCCUAGUACAGACCUAAAGAGCAUGUGAUACGCUCGCACGCACUUUCAUGCAAGUUCACAGGAUCCGCUUAAUGCAGUGGCUGUGGCACGCAAACUUUCAAGAGAUCUUUCACAACACAAACCUACUAAAUUACACAUACUUCUUUCUCAACGAUGGUUGAUUAAUUUUCGAUGCGAUGUUUUUAACUUACUUCCCCUUUCAUCAAAAUUCAUUUGAAGCAACGUCUGGGAAUGUGGCAACUGUCGUUGCUUCGUUAAUUCAUCUGCAGAGUAGCUUCUAUAUUCGCUUUCUAUAUGCAUAUGCUACUAUAUAUACAUAUAUUAACUGGAAAAUAUAAAGAUAUGCGUUUAUUAUAAAAAUCUAAACAUCUACACAAAUAUUAUGGAACAAUAACAAAAAGUCAAAUGCAAUUAUAAACAGAUCAUAAAAAUAUUUAUGUAAAUUCGCGUGAAACUCUAGCAUUAAAUUUCUUAAUUUAAAUAUAAUUAUUUAGUUAAAAGGAAAGAGCAACAUGUUUUAUAUAGUGCGGCUUUGUUAUAACAUAGUUGGAUGGCAUGAAAUCAAACAUCAGAAACAUUUGAAUUAAAUAUUAAAGUAAACGUAGUUUUGGUUUUAUAGUUUUGUACGUGCAUUUAAAAUACUUUUAACAAGAAUUUCUGGAGAGCAGCAACAGCAAAUAGGUUUUUCAAUUUCUUUCUUUUUUGGGGUUUGUUGUUUCCAUUUAAAUAAAAACAAACUAACACACAUGCAAACCAUAAAACACACACAUAAAACGUACAAGGGACUAGUUUGAAACCGCGAAUCGUAUUACUAAAUAUAUAUACAUACAAACAUAUAUUAAAACAUACAUCUAAUAUAUAUGCUUAAUAUAAAUAUUACCUAUAAGGCAUAAUUUAAAAGAAACACACAAAAGAUUAAAUAAAAGUCGAUGUUUAAGAUCUUAAUUUUAAAAAACUAAAUAAGAACAAUAGUAAUGGUUCGUCUGCUUUUAAAUAUGAUUAUAGAUACCUUCGCUGCUUAUAGUUCCGUUUUAUAUUAUUUCGCUUAUGCGCUUAGGCUGCCAACCACAAUGAGUUUUUACUAUUAGUUGGUUAUCAUACAUUGUAAAUUAUCAAAUAAUGUACUGUUCAAACAUCCACACACCUCCACACAAAAAUACGACUAAGUAAGAUUAUAUUAAAGAAUAAUUGUAAUAAAAUUGUAAUUUUGUUAGUUUAAUGGACAACAUAUACAAAAACACAAACGAAAAAUGUUACGCUUUAGAAAUUAUGAACUUAUGCAGCACCCAAUCUAAAAAAAUUAAGGUACACAUGCGACGAUGGUUCAUAGUUCAACUUUCCAAGUAUUACUUUAAAAACGUGAAACCUAAAUACUUUGCAUAAAUCUCAUAUGUAUCAAACCUUCUUUUGCUUCAUCAUCUACAUACCUUUACACAUCGCUCUUUGUGGAUUUCAUUCUAGUAAGAGAUAACGUAUAAACAAUGAAACAAACCACAACUGUAAUAUAUAUUCUAAUUCUUCUAUAGAUAUAUGCUUAUAGUUAUAUGUAUUCUUUUUUUAAUCGAUGGAGUUAUGGAGUAAAUAUAGUUUAGUUAUCUUUAGUUGAAAAACACACAAUUCGCUGUGCAAGUAACGCGAACAAAAUUAUGCAAACUAUAGAAACUUCCUUUGUAAACAUACCCAACAAAAUAUUUGUUUACAAGUCCCUUUUUAAUUCUUAUUUAUGUUGUAUGGAAACCCGAUAAACCACUAGCUGCAGCACGCUAGCAGCUCAAUUCAAUAUUUGUUGGUCUUUUUGGCAUACACCACGUUUGUUUUUUUAAUUUACGUGCAUUUUUGUGAUCUAAUUUGUGUAACUAUUUUAAAUGAAAAACAAAAUAUAUAUAAAAGUAAGAUUUACAAAAAAUCGGAAGCAAGCAAAAAUUGAUUUUAUGACAACUGAA